AUGAUCCAAAUUGAACCGCUGGACGCUGAAUCGAGCAAUUUUCCCGUCCCCCCUCACAUCUACCCAUGGCUGCGGGCGGUCGUCGCCUUGGGCUUCAUCAGCUUCAUCGCAUCCGUCUCGCUGCUGGCUGUGCUCACAUACAAGCUCAUCAGGUGGCGCAUCAAGUCCAAGCGGAGUAACCAGUUCGUCAUUCUCAUCUUCAACCUGCUGUGGGCCGACCUCCAACAAUCCUUGUCGUUCUUCUUGAACGUCGAAUGGCUACUCAACGGCCGCGUCCAAAUCGAAAGCCCAACAUGUUUUGCACAGGGUUGGCUUGUGUCGACGGGAGAUUUGGGUAGUGGUGUAUGGUGCUUCAUCAUAGGCUUACACACAUUCGCCUCUGUCAUUCUCGAUUUUCGACUGACGCCACGGUCCUUCUAUCUCGUGAUCUUGCUCCUUUGGGUCUUCAUUCUGGGCGUCUCUUCGAUAGGCAUUGCACUCCACCCAAACCACCUGUACGUCAGGUCCGGCGUCUGGUGCUGGAUCCACCACGACCUCAAGGAAUUACGUCUCUGGACUCACUACUUCUGGAUCUUCUUCUUUGAAUUCGGAAAUGUGAUCAUCUAUGCCCUCAUUUACGCCAUUCUCAUCCACCGUAUCCGCAACGGAUACUACACAUCCGAAGAAGCCAAACGCGUCCGCUCUAUCGCAAAUCUCAUGGUCGUAUACCCCUUAGUAUAUGUUAUAUGCACCCUUCCCCUUGCCUCAGCCCGUAUGGCCUCGAUGACAGGGAGCCGCCCUUCACUGGCUCGGCUAUGUCUUUCAGGCGCAAUGAUCACUUCCAACGGCUGGCUCGAUGUCCUCCUCUACACAUGCACACGGCGCAUCAUGAUCUUCAGCGACGAACCUCCUUCCAACAAUCUCGGUAUCGAUACCUUUGCCGCUUUCUGGGCAGAGAAGCCCCGACGCUUCGGUGGCGAAUGCACAAUCGAAGCUAUGCCACCAGCACGUCGGCGCUGCAAGAAUCGGGCCCUUUCGCCGUCCAGAAACGAAAGUGCUGAUGACUUGUGCCCCAGCAGCAGUAAGGAUAUCAAGAUGGUCUUGACGACACAGGUUACCAGCGAGCCAGCCAUGCCAGAAGAUUACGAGGAGAUGGAAGCCGAGGCAAAGAGAAUGCGGCCAGUAUCGCCAAUAGGCAGAUGGAGUCAGGAAAGCGGUGAAAGCCGGAGUCUGAAGGAGUUUGGAAUCGCGCAUAUACCACCUUGA